AUGGCUGUGCUCUGGAGCGUUCCUGUUUUGAUAUCAGCUCUUCUAUUUGCGGUUGCUACUUUGUUGAGAGUCCAUCUUGAUGUUGGGACAGUGUUCACUGCAGUAACAGUACUAAGAAUUCUAGGGGAUCCUAUCCAGACCUUCCCACCAACUCUUAUUUCAAUUUCACAGACAAUGAUCACAUUGGGAAGGUUGGAUAGGUACAUGACAAGUCAGGAAUUGCAAAAUGUGUUGGUCGAGAGAGAGGAAGGUUGUGGUGGUCCUAUUGCAGUGGAUGUGAAAAACGGGGGUUUUUCAUGGGAUGACGAAGGCACUGAGGAGGUCCUGAAAGAUGUGAACCUUGAGAUCAAGAAAGGAGAGCUUGCCGCCAUUGUUGGAACUGUUGGAUCAGGGAAGUCCUCCUUGUUGGCUUCAAUUCUUGGUGAGCUGCAUAAAAUUUCAGGAAAGGUCAGAGUUUGUGGGACCACAGCUUAUGUGGCUCAGUCAUCAUGGAUACAGAAUGCAACUAUUCAAGAAAACAUCCUGUUUGGUUCACCAAUGAACAGGGGAAGAUACAAGGAAGUGAUAAGAGUUUGUUGCCUGGAGAAGGAUUUGGAAAUUAUGGAGCGUGGAGACCAGACAGAAAUUGGAGAGCGUGGAAUCAACCUUAGUGGUGGCCAGAAGCAGCGAAUACAACUUGCUAGAGCCAUAUAUCAGGACUGUGAUAUCUAUCUUCUGGACGAUGUAUUUAGCGCUGUUGAUGCUCACACUGGAUCAGAAAUCUUCAAGGAAUGUGUGAGGGGAGCUCUGAAAGAUAAGAUCAUCUUACUGGUAACCCACCAAGUUGACUUCUUGCCUAAUGCUGAUCUUAUAUUGGUCAUGCGAGAUGGGACAAUCGUGCAAUCUGGGAGGAAUGAAGAGCUUUUGGAAUCUGGCAUGGAUUUUACUGCACUUGUGGCUGCCCAUCAAACCUCCAUGGAGCUACUAGAAAUGAGCAUUACCAUGUCCAUCGACAACCCCCAACAGACACCAAAAUCACCUCAUGCCGCCUCAAGCCCAAGAGAACUUAAUGGUGAAAACAGGUCUGUAGAUAGGUCCAAUUCUGAAAAGGGUAAUUCAAAACUCAUUGAAGAAGAGGAAAGAGAAACUGGCCAUGUCAGCUUAGAUGUGUACACAGUACUGCACCGAGGCAUUUGGAUGGCAUCAGCUGAUCAAGUCAACAUUGACAUUUUAAUUCCCUUCUUUUUGGGUAUGACAAUUAUGAUGUACUUCUCCUUACUUGGCAUUAUGGUCAUUACAUGCCAGUAUGCUUGGCCAACUGUAUUCCUCGUAAUCCCACUGAUUUGGGUGAAUAUCUGGUACCGGGGGUACUACCUUGCAUCAUCUCGCGAGUUAACCAGGCUGGACUCAAUCACUAAAGCCCCAGUUAUUCAUCACUUCUCAGAGACCAUAUCCGGUGUUAUGACCAUACGUUGCUUCAGGGCGCAGAAUAAGUUCUUUCAGGGAAAUGUGGAGAGGGUCAAUGCAAAUUUACGGAUGGAUUUCCACAACAAUGCAUCGAGCGAGUGGUUGGGGUUCCGCUUGGAAAUGAUGGGGACCUUUUUCCUCUGCAUUUCGACCAUGUGCAUGAUUCUGUUGCCAAGCACUAUUGUGAAGCCAGUUGAGAGAAUAAAACAGUUUAUCAAAAUCCCAUCAGAAGCUGCACGGAAGAUAUCAGGUUCACUUCCCCCUCCAAAUUGGCCCAACCAUGGUGACAUUGAGAUUAAAGACUUGCAGGUUAGAUAUCGGACAAAUACUCCUCUGGUUCUUAGAGGCAUUAGUCUUAGCAUCCAAGGAGGAGAGAAGAUUGGUGUUGUUGGCCGAACUGGGAGUGGGAAGUCAACUCUGAUCCAAAUUUUCUUUAGGCUGGUGGAGCCUUCUUUUGGAAAAAUAAUUAUCGAUGGGGUUGACAUUUGCAAGCUUGGCCUUCAUGAUCUUCGGUCUCGUUUUGGUAUUAUUCCUCAGGAACCUGUCCUUUUUGAAGGAACUAUUAGAAGCAAUAUUGAUCCAAUUGGGUUGUAUUCUGAUGAAGAAAUUUGGAAGAGUCUUGAACGCUGCCAACUGAAAGAUGUGGUUGCUGGAAAGCCUGAAAAACUUGAUGCUUCAGUGGUUGAUAGUGGAGACAAUUGGAUCAUGGGGCAGAGGCAGCUUCUGUGCUUGGGGAGGGUGAUGCUGAAGCACAGCAAGAUUUUAUUCAUGGAUGAAGCAACAGCUUCUGUUGAUUCCCAAACUGAUGCUGUAAUACAAAAGAUCAUUCGUGAGGACUUCUCGUCCUGUACAAUUAUUAGCAUUGCUCACAGAAUACACACUGUUAUUGAUUGUGACAGGGUGUUAGUUAUAGGUGCUGGACGGGCGAAGGAAUUUGACACGCCUUGGAACUUAAUUGAGAGGCCCUCAUUGUUUGGGGCAUUGGUUCAGGAGUAUGCUAACAGAUCAUCAGGAUUAUGA